CGAUGCAUGUUUAGUAUGAAAACGACUUUCGUGCGCACAAGACACAGUUAGCGGAGAACAAGACGACAAGCUCCCCCAAACGCAAAACACAAAACAGAGAAAACGUAACGGCCGAAAAGAAAAGAAGACGAAAUAAUGAGUGAUUGAAUUUUCUAACAGCGGAUACGUUAGAAAUAAAAUUUUUGAAAAAAUAGUGAAAUUAAGUUUUAAAGAGAAUUUUGGAGAAGAAAAAAAAAUAUAGAGCAAUAAAUGAAAGUUAUGACAACAACAACAACAACAAAAUGAAAAAUCAAACCUAAAAAAAGAGAAUUUGAAAAAAGUGACAAGUUUUGGGAAAAAUAGAAAAUUUCAAAGAAAAAAAAAUAUUUGAAAAUUUUAAAAUAAAAAUAAAUAUAAUUUUGAAAAUCGCAAACUGUGAAGAAGAAAAAAAAAGAGAAUUGCAAAAGAAAAUCACUUCAACGAAAUUGAAUAUCUGCCGGUUUUACGGAUUUGCAAAAGUUGUAUAAGCCAGAGGCUAAGACGUAUUAUUUUGUUCGGUGUUGUGACCAAGCGACUCGCUUACAAAAAGAUUCGCUCAAGUGUAAAUCGCAAACGGUGACAGCAACAACAAAAAAAAGAAGAAUCUGAAAAUACUGCUCAAGUAAUUCGAUCUUCUGUAAGAAUAAAAAAGUGCCCCCCAUUCGUUGAGUUGUCAAGUGUUAAGUGACACCCCACACCACACCGCACCACUCCACCCAACACCUCAUCACACAUUGUUGUUCUUGUUGCUGUUGUUGUUGAUUUCUUUUGGCAAAUAUGUCACAUAAAAAAGAUGUAAUCAUGACGUCCAUGCACAGCACAACAACGAAACUGGAACAGCAACAUUCGAAACCCAUCUUGAGCCCAACACGAUCGCUCGACGAAGGUUUUGAAAGUGAUCCGGAUAGGGUUUCAACGGAUUCAGAGCAUCCAACAAGUGGAACGGCAAACAAUGGCCCAGCCAGCAGCAGCAGUCAACAUCAUCAUCACCACAGUAGCAACAGCAAUGGCAGCAACAACAAUGGCAAUAUUGGCAAGCCAACAACAACAACAAUAGCAAAUGCAAAUAACAAACACCAACAACAAUACCAUAGCCAACAACACAAUCAAUUACAUCAAAAUGUCGGUGGUUCUACAUUGGCACAAUUGUCAUCAGCUGCCACUGGCGGCCUGUCAGCCAAUGCUGAUUUGUCAGCUACCACGACGACAUCAUCAUCGUCCAUCUCAUCUUCGUUGUCGUCGUCAGUGGCGACGGCCGUCACCUCUUCUCCGGCCACAGCUCCCUCAGCAUCGUCGACAGGUCAUGUUUUGGCCACAGCCAAGUCUAUGGAUUUAUCCAAAAAUCGUGUAAUUGCCGGAGCCAUGGGUGUUCCCCAACUCACCAGGCGUCCCAUGGUGGUGGGCUCGUCAUCCAUUCAACAACAGCAGCAGCUACUGGAAAAAUAUUUCAAAGAGCAAAGGAGGGGUUCAACAGAAAACCGAUAUGGACCAGCUCUACAGACAACACUAUCAUGUCCGGGCAAUGGCAUCUCUCCUGUGUCCUCUGCCUCUUCCAACACGGCCAUGGGUUCACCCCAAAGCGUGCAACGUUUGCAGUACCAAAAGCAACGCCAACCUGUGGUGGCCUCGGCAGCGGUACAAAGUCAUCGCUACACAGCGAAUUCCAAUAGCAGUGGUUUUCGUCGAGCCAAGACUCGGGCCAUGUCGCCCUCAAUACUGAAAACAUCGGGCAACUCUGCCUCCGCCUCCAACUCCUCUAAUCGCAACAAUCUCCUACUAAUGCAUCGUUCCGGUGCCGCCAUACGCUCCCAUUCAGUGGAUGCCAUUUCACGUCAACGUCAUGGCUAUGAUCCCUCGUCUGCCCUCAUACUCAAACAUGAAUCCCCGGCCGGGGCAACGGCGAAUCACGCCUCUACGCCCAGUCGUAUGCAACACUAUAAAUUCCCCGGCACGGCUGCCCAGAAUCCAAUGGUCACCACACUACCACCCGGAGCCACAAGUCAGGCACUGCUCGUCCAGCCCAUAUCCAGUGCUACGCUGGCCUCCAGUGCCGUAUCAGCUUUACCGCCUGCCACAACCGUUCUCAAUUCGACAAAUGUUGGUGAUGCCGCUGCUGCAUUGGUAGCAGCAGCCGGUGGAUCACCGGUUAUUGCCUCAUCCACGAACAGUCUCUACACAUUUUAUCCAGCCGAGGGUAAUCUACAAGUAUGGCAAUCGGAGUGUGGCGAUUUGACAUAUAAGUCAUCGCGUAAUCUACAAACGCAUAAGGCACCAGUUUGUUGGACCCAGUCGAUACCAAGGCAAACAAGAAGGUAUAUCACACCCUCCAAUGCCCCCCAGAAUUCGGUGAACUCGGCUAGUCUAAUGUACCCGGGUACAUCGGGACAAAUGUAUCGCAUGCAUCCAACGGCCAACGCAUUACACCACAAUACUGGUGUGACAAACCAUCCAAACCCCACAGCAGAUAUGACCGAUGGCACAGAGGCUGCAGCUGCUGGCAGUUCGUCUUCGAAUGGUUUUUCACAAAGGCUACGGGAAUUGGCAGCCUCGGCUGGCCUAAUGUCGCUGAAGACCAAAACCACAAACCUUAAGCCAGUCAUAAAAACACGUGGCUCUCCCGGUCCUGAGUUCCCCAAGAAAGUAACAUUUAGUGCUUUUGCCACAGUGCAAGUGGUGUGAUGGGAACAAAAAAAGAGGGAGCCAAUAAAAAUUAGCACUUGUUUUAUUCAAAAUUAAUUUACUUCUUUUAUGGCAAAAGGCAUAUCAUCGACUUGGGAGCUAAAUGUUACUUAUUCUCUCUCUAGGGUUUUUUUUUUUGCUCUGCAGCUGUUCACCUGGUCCACUAUGAUAUUUCUGUGUAUAUAUGUGUGUGUUUUGUAGAUGUAUGGAUUCUAAGAUGAGGUCCACACUGCUUAUCCAGCUGAUUUGUUGCUAUGUUUGUAGUCUUUAUUAUAUAAUUUUUUUAGAGUUAAGAUUUCAAAAAAAAAAAAAAAGAACAACAUGAUAUGUAUUGUAUGUAUAUAGUAA